GAUGACGUUCCUUAACCAAUUGACAGCUACACGUCUCUGCUGUUUUGAAUGAAGUGACGAAAAAAUAUUUUGCAGUAUUUUUAAUGUUUAAGCGGCUAGCACAUAAUUCAAAAAUGCAAAAACUUUCGGAGCCGCAGAAGUAAAUAAACCAACUGGGUAGGGCAGAUGGCAAAAUAUCAGCAACGAAUUUGAUGAAAAAAAUAAUUAUUAAACAAACACAAUUAAACAAAAAAAAUUGCACAGUAAGUAUUAUGGCCACAACAGAAAACACUGGCACUACACCGCUAAAUAGUGGAGAUGAUGUGGUCGAAAUAACGAAAGGUGGUGGCACGCAUAUUGGUGUAACGAAACAGAUGUCAGGUGCAUCAACGUUAUCAGCAAAUGUGACACGCUGUUGGGAAACAUGUUACUAUUGCCCAUGUGAAACGUUCAAAAUUUCAGCCGAUUUUGUCAAGCACUUACGUGAGCGGCAUUGCACGCGUGAAGGUGGCUCGUAUGUUUGCCGUUAUGGUUUCAAUGGCGUAUGUCCUUCGCUGCCGCUGGAUGGUGUGUCAGAUCGUGAUUACGAUGCACAUGUAGCUAAAUAUCAUGUGAAUCAGCUGACACGUGAGCUACCACCGGAAUGGUCCGUAUUUUCUGCGGCACAAAAUCUACCAGCUGUGCUCAACGAUCCAUCACGUGGUAAACAAAGCAAUCUCUUCACAAAAAAGUGGGGCGACAAUUUCGUAGAGAAAACAUAUAUACCGCACACGCCACGUUUGCCUGAGAUUACCUAUGCAGAUUUCGAUAAAUACAUAGCGAAAAUUGGUAAACGUUAUAGGCGGCAUGAACGCAUGUGUGCGCAGCAAACACCAGCCGCUUUGGCUGAACGUGAAGCUAAAACGCCAACCUCACCAACACACAACGUCAGCCUUAGCGCCAUACCGGAUAUAUUUCUUAAAGAACAAUUGAAUUUGAAUCAUCCAACGACUUUUGCGCUUGUAUUCCCAAGUAUUAGUGCCAACACCAGCGAGGAGAAUAAACAGUCUGGUCGUGUUUUGCAAGAACAAUUAUCGCAUUAUUUAGACAUUGUCGAGGUGAAAAUAGCGCAUCAAGUGUCACAGAAAUCCGCCGCAUUUUUUCACGCCAUGACCUCACAAGACGCCAUUAUGGCUGAAAUGAAGGAGGCGGCCAGCAAUGUACGUGAAUUGCGUGCCUCAUUGCGCACGCUACACCAAUCUGCGGUGGUUGACUCAUUUCGUGUGAUGCGUUUCGCGCAGCGUCGACAAAACUUUGAGGAAACACUUGAUAAGCUCAGCCUUAUGGCGACUGUGCAUAAAACGCAACCAAUGUUGCAACUACUGCUAGGCACGCAGGAUUAUGUGGCAGCGUUAGAUCUUAUAGGCACCACUCAGGAAAUUCUAACGCAAGAGCUCAUAGGCAUACACUGCUUCAAGCAUCUCCCCAUGCAACUAAACGAAAUGGAAAAGCUUAUCGACAAAAUGCUCACAACUGAAUUCGAGCGUUAUGCUACGGCUGACCUCAACCGACCGCUAUCUGAUGUGCUCAACGAAACGGACAGCGUAUGCGCAGAGGAGGACAAACUGGUGUGCAUAGUCAUGGGUUUGCUGCGCAAAAAGAAUUUCUCCUUUGUCACGACAUACAAGGACGAAGCGAUUGUAACCAUACGUGCCAUCAUCAAGCAGCUCGUAAUCGAGGUGAUAGCAUCCAGCGAUGCGGAAAUAUGUCUGACCGGUGCCGGCGAAGAGGCACAAAGUCUUACGAUCAGCGAAUGGAUUACGCUGCUAAAGGAGGCCACUGUGGCACUGCUAACUGUGCUACAACGCAUACGCGCCGUGACGGGCAUAAUGCGGCAGACAACGGAUGCAGCUGCUGGCGGCGCGGUGAACGGCGCGCAAGAAGGCGCUGUCAAUCUAAUAGACUCGGAAGCAUUUCUAACGUCAACAGAUCAUGCAAAUGUAACGGAGCGUUUGGAUGAGCUGCUGGUGGCGGUGUGCAACUAUUGUCAUGAGCGUUGCGCGAAUCUGGUGUCAACGCAAAGUUUGGAGCGCACUAUAGCGACGGCGGAUGAGAUCGAACAGUUGACCGCAAUUGUGGAUGAGUUUAGUGCGGGUUGUGAGGAGAUUUGUGGCGCGCCCAGCGUGCCGCUAAAGGUCGCCGCCAAAGUGCAAGCCUCACGCUUCGCCAAUCACUUUCACACUGAGCGCAAGCGCAAACUUGCUUUACUGCUCGAUUCGGAGCGUUGGCGGCAAGUCGACAUACCCAAUGAAUUCCAAAAGAUUAUCGAUCGCAUGGGCGCGCAAGACUUCCAGCAGCCGGCGAGCAAGUCUUUUGCCGAAAGCCUAGGCGCCACACUAAAUGGACACAGUAACAACAACAAUAGCACUAGCAAGCCACAAGCCAACCCGGUGCUGCUCGUCGAAGGCAAACCGUUUUGUCUAGUCAGCGCCGCGCUGCUGCUGGUGCAAAUGCUCUGCGAUUACUGUCACUGCGCCACGCGUCUACCCAUACUGGCGAGCUAUUUGUCGCGCAACGUUGUCGAUUUGCUGCGCACCUUCAAUUCACGCUCCUGCCAACUGGUCAUUGGCGCCGGUGCCAUGCGCGUAGCUGGCCUCAAAACCAUAACCAGCACCAAUUUGGCAUUGGUUUCGCGCGCGCUACAACUUGUGCUCUGGCUCUUGCCGAAAAUCAAGUCACAUUUCGCCGCUUACGACGCGCACGCCGUGUCGGGUUUUGAUUCGAUCGAAAAGGAUUUUCACAGUCACAUCAAAGAAAUUGAAACUAAAAUUUACGGCAUCGUUACGGAGCGCGACUCCAUGCAACUGGAACAAUGGGAUGCGCGUCCGCCGAUACCGUCGCAAACGUUUCGUAAUAUUUCGCGUCAUAUGAUGAAGUUGCACGAGGCGAUCGCGCCCAUACUACCCGAACAGCAGAUACACACGAUCUACGGCAUUGUGCAUCGCAAUUUUAAGGAUAAGCUGAGAGAGCAACUCUUGAAAUUGAACAUCAUCAAUAACGGUGGACCGCAACAUGGCGUGGUGACGUCAGAGUUGACAUUUUAUAUGGAGACAUUGCGCACAUUGAAGGCGUUGCCGCCAGCAGAUUUGAGCGACGACAUACUGGAGCUGAUAUGGACGUUCUAAAAUGUUGCUGCACGUCAACAAUGCCACAAGUGUUGCUGCAUGCCACAAUUGUUGCUGCAUGCCACAAUUGUUGCUGCAUGCCACAAUUGUUGUUGCAUGCCACAAUUGUUGCUGCAUGCCACAAUUGUUGCUGCAUGCCACAAUUGUUGUUGCAUGCCACAAUUGUUGCUGCAUGCCACAAUUGUUGUUGCAUGCCACAAUUGUUGCUGCAUGCCACAAUUGUUGUUGCAUGCCACAAUUGUUGUUGCAUGCCACAAUUGUUGUUGCAUGCCACACUUGUUGUUGCAUGCCACACUUGUUGUUGCAUGCCACACUUGUUGUUGCAUGCCACACUUGUUGUUGCAUGCCACAAUUGUUGCUGCAUGCCACAAUUGUUGUUGCAUGCCACAAUUGUUGCUGCAUGCCACAAUUGUUGUUGCAUGCCACAAUUGUUGUUGCAUGCCACAAUUGUUGCUGCAUGCCACAAUUGUUGUUGCAUGCCACAAUUGUUGUUGCAUGCCACACUUGUUGUUGCAUGCCACACUUGUUGUUGCAUGCCACACUUGUUGUUGCAUACCACACUUGUUGUUGCAUGCCACAAAUUGCCGUCGAAGUGGCUUUACGCGUUGCUCCUAAUUUUCUUUGUUGUUGCACUAAUUUAAGACAAUUGUUUUAAUAUUCUUAUUAUUACUAUUAUUAUUAUUAUUUUUAUUAUUAUUAUUUUUAUUAUUAUUAUUUAUAUUAUUAUUUUUAUUAUUUUUAUUUUUAUUAUUAUUAUUUUUAUUAUUGUUGUGGUAAUUUUACUCACCACUGUACUUCGGUUCUCAGUUAAUAUGCAAGUUCUCUCCUUGUUUGUAUUUUAAGCUAACAUUGCCAAGCGGUGCAGCAGCGCGCAUUGGAAUGUAAAAAUUUAACAUGUUGUUGUUGUCGCCUAUCAACCAUAAGUAUACAAACAUAUUUCCUGUAACAGGAUACACAUUUGGGUGUUGGUAUUGCAUUACUGUAAGUCAGUCACAGACUCUUUAGCGAAAUUUUUAAAACUCUAACUGGAAAAAAGCGUUGAAAAUAAAAUUAUAUAAGUAUAUACAUAUUUAUGGCAUAAGUUUCGAUAUACAUAUAUACAAUACGAUUAUGAAAAAUAAAAAUAAUUAUUAGGAAUAUGUUUAAAAGCCGAUAAUACAUAUAAAUAAUUAUAAAAGAUUACUAGUAGUAUUUGCUUGUACUUAGGCUUCUAAUGACUAGUAAAGAAAUAUGAAAAACAGAAAACCCUCGAAAAUUUUAAUAAACACCAUCACGUGUCGUAUUAUGUAUAUGUAUAUAUUUUACGUUCUGUGCAAGUAAAUUGCUUAAGCUAAAGCCUAUUAUAUAGUGAAAUUCUGCAUAUAAUAAAAACGACCAAACAUUUAUAUAAAAAUGAAA